CGGCAGAUGGGAACUACAUAUCCCAGAGAGCCCCGGGCGGCGCGGGCCAAUGAGAAUCGCGCGUGUUGGCGCGACGCGCAGGCGCGCUGCGGGGGGCGGCCGCGGAUUCAUGUGGAGGAGGGCUCCGGAGCGGGGGCUGCAGCGCUGAGAUGGCUGCCAAGGUGUUCGAGAGCAUCGGGAAGCUCGGCCUGGGCUUGGCUGUGGCGGGGGGAGUCGUCAACUCCGCUCUUUACAACGUGGACGCAGGGCACAGAGCUGUGAUCUUCGACCGCUUCCGGGGGGUGCAGGACGUGGUGGUGGGUGAGGGCACCCAUUUCCUGAUCCCCUGGGUGCAGAAACCCAUCAUCUUCGACUGCCGCUCGCGGCCCCGCAACGUGCCCGUCAUCACCGGCAGCAAAGACCUGCAGAACGUCAACAUCACGCUGCGCAUCCUGUUCCGGCCCGUGACGGCGCAGCUGCCGCGCAUCUUCACCAGCAUCGGCGAGGACUACGACGAGCGCGUGCUGCCCUCCAUCACCACCGAGAUCCUCAAGUCCGUGGUGGCGCGCUUUGACGCGGGCGAGCUGAUCACGCAGCGGGAGCUGGUGUCCCGGCAGGUCAGCGAGGACCUCACGGAGCGCGCGGCCACCUUCGGCCUCAUCCUGGACGACGUGUCCCUGACCCACCUGACGUUUGGCAAGGAGUUCACGGAGGCGGUGGAGAUGAAGCAGGUGGCGCAGCAGGAGGCAGAGCGGGCCAGGUUCAUCGUGGAGAAGGCCGAGCAGCAGAAGAAGGCAGCGGUGAUCUCGGCAGAGGGCGACUCCAAGGCCGCAGAGCUGAUCGCCAACUCGCUGGCCACGGCGGGGGACGGGCUGAUCGAGCUGCGCAAGCUGGAGGCGGCCGAGGACAUCGCGUACCAGCUGUCGCGCUCGCGCAACAUCACCUACCUGCCCUCGGGACAGUCGGUGCUGCUGCAGCUGCCCCAGUGAGCCCUGCACGCCCCGCAAGCACCAGCAAACAGCAAAAAGGGGGAAGAAAUCAGUGCAAUUUCCUCGCGGAGGAAACGGAAAUUUGUGGAAAUUGGAGGGAUUUUUGGGGGGUUUUGUGGAUGGGUAAUCAAAUAAAAGUGAACGCUCGCGACAACAGGCCUGCGGUUCCUCCCCCUGUGCUGCCCUCAGGGAGUCUGAGUUUGGGAGUUGAGGAAAAUUUGGGGAUUGAGAAGGUGAGAUUCGGGGAUUGAGAAAGUGAGGUUUGGGAGUUCAGAAGGUGAGAGUUGGGAAUUCAGAAAGUGAGGUUUGGGAAUUGAGAAAGUGAGGUUUGGGGAUUGAGAAAGUGAGAUUUGGGAAUUCAGAAAGUGAGAUUUGGGAAUUCAGAAAGUGAGGUUUGGGAGUUCAGAAAGUGAGGUUUGGGGAUUGAGAAGGUGAGAGUUGGGAGUUCAGAAAGUGAGAUUUGGGGAUUCAGAAGGUGAGAUUUGGGAAUUCAGAAGGUGAGAUUUGGGAAUUGAGAAGGUGAGAUUUGGGAAUUGAGAAAGUGAGAUUUGGGGAUUCAGAAAGUGAGGUUUGGGAGUUCAGAAAGUGAGAUGUGGGAUCGGAAAGUGAGAUUUGGGAACUCAGAAAGUGAGGUUUGGGGAUUGAGAAUUGAGAUUUGGGAAUUGAGAAGGUGAGAUUUGGGAAUUGAGAAAGUGAGGUUUGGGAACUGAGAAUUGAGAUUUGGGGAUUCAGAAAGUGAGGUUUGGGAGUUCAGAAAGUGAGAUUUGGGAGUUCAGAAAGUGAGAUUUGGGAAUUGAGAAGGUGAGAUUUGGGGAUUCAGAAAGUGAGGUUUGGGGAUUGAGAAGGUGAGAUUUGGGAAUUGAGAAGGUGAGAUUUGGGGAUUCAGAAAGAGCCAUUUGGGAAUUGCCCCUCUGCAGUUGGAGCAGCAGGAGCAGAGUUCUGCUGGGAUGGAGCCCAGGUGAGUCCCUGGCCGUGGGCGCUGCACCCAGAGCUGCCUCGGUGCCUUCAGGCUGCCUGGGACACUCAGCUCAGGGCCCUCGGCCAUGCCAGAGCUCCAGGUGUCACCUGAGACACCUCAGCCCAGGGCACAGAUUCCCUCUGGCUCUGCAGGAAACCCCUCUGGGGCUGGGCAUCUCCUCUCCUUCCCCCCGAGCUGUCCUGUGCCCUCCUGUGCCAUCCCUGCUCAGGAAGGGCAGCUGUGAGAGGGUGAGAUUGUGUACCCAGCCCUCAAUAAAUGCCACAGUCCCAAGGCUGGCA